GACAAAGGGCUUUACAAAGAUAGAGAAGCAAGCUGAAGAAAGGGCUGGACGAUACUUUAACGGAGCUCUGACAGCUGGACCACUGCUCUGGUUUUAGCAGCAACCUUUUCAGUCCAGGUGGAUUUUAAUAUUAAUGCUCAUUUGAACAGACUAAAAGGUAUAUCUGUUCACGGACAUGUUUAAAAGGCAGAUCCAUGAGAUGUUCUGGUAGACCCUGGCAGAGUCUCAGAUGAGCUUGGCAUCAUGGGAUCAUCCACACUGGGGAAGGCAGCGUCUCUUGAUGCUCUUUUAAAUGAAUGCAUUCAUGGAUUUGAUGACAGUGGUGACCUGCAGGCUAACCCCCUCCCACGCAUUGUGCUGCUGAUGCACCGUUGGUAUGUUACAUCCUCUGAACUGGCGCGAAAACUUCUGAUGAUGUACCGUAACUGCAGUGGUGACAACUGCCAAAGAACCAGGCUGAAGAUUUGUUAUUUAAUGAGGUACUGGAUAGUAACAUUUCCUGCAGAGUUCAACCUGGACUUGGGUCUGAUUAGAAUAACAGAGGAGUUCAGAGACGUGGCAGCUCAGCUUGGCUGUGAGGAGCAUUUCAAAUUCAUCGACAUCUCAACCAUUCCAUCGUAUGACUGGAUGAGAAAGAUUACCCAGCGGAAAAAGCAAACCAAAAAAGGGAAGGCCUCCCUGUUGUUUGACCACCUGGAACCCAUAGAGCUGGCUGAGCAUCUCACCUUCCUGGAAUUCAAAUCCAUCCGAAGGAUAUCGUUCACUGAUUACCAGAGCUAUGUGAUCCAUGGCUGUUUGGUGGACAACCUGACUCUGGAGCGCUCCAUUGCUUUGUUCAAUGGCGUUUCACAAUGGGUGCAGCUGAUGGUUCUCAGCAAACUCACACCUCAGACCCGUGCAGAGGUCAUCACAAAAUACAUCCAUGUGGCACAGAAACUCCUUCACCUGCAGAACUUCAACACUUUGAUGGCAGUGGUGGGGGGCCUGAGCCAUAGUUCAAUAUCUCGCCUAAAGGAGACUCAUUUAUAUUUGGCUCCUGAAGUAGUCAAGAUCUGGAAUGAGAUGACAGAGCUGGUCUCUUCCAACAACAAUUACUCUUGCUACCGAAAAGCCUUCAAUGAGUGCCAGGGAUUUAAGAUCCCAAUACUGGGUGUGCACCUAAAGGACUUGAUUGCAGUGCAUGUGGUGUUUCCUGACUGGAUUGGUGAUGGUAAAAAGGUGAACCUCGUGAAGAUGCAUCAGCUUUACAUGACCUUCAAUGAGCUGGUGUCCCUGCAGAGUGCAGUGGCCCAAGUUGAACCGAACAUGGACCUCAUCUACCUACUAACGCUUUCGUUAGAUCUGUAUUAUACUGAGGAUGAGAUUUAUGAGCUGUCAUUGCUAAGGGAACCCCGUAACUCUAAAUUGCCUACCUCUCCAACAACUCCCAACAAGCCAUUGGCCCCACUGGACUGGGCAUCUGGUGUCGCUACCAAACCAGACCCCUGUCUGGUCAAUAAACAUAUCAGGAAGGUAGUGGAUUCUGUGUUCAGGAAUUAUGACCAUGACCGGGAUGGAUACAUUUCUCAAGAAGACUUUGAGAGCAUUGCAGCCAACUUCCCCUUCCUGGACUCUUUCUGCGUUUUGGAUAAAGAUCAAGAUGGAUUGAUCAGUAAAGAUGAGAUGAUAGCAUAUUUCCUUCGGGCUAACCCACUGCUGCAGUGUAAGAUGGGACCAGGAUUCGUCCAUAACUUUCAGGAGAUGACAUACCUGAAGCCCACGUUCUGCGAACAUUGUGCUGGAUUUCUCUGGGGGAUCAUCAAACAGGGGUACAAAUGCAAAGACUGUGGUGUUAACUGUCAUAAACAAUGCCGUGAGCUGCUGGUUCUGGCCUGUAGGAAGCUGAUUCGCUCUGGCUCUCUGGGCAGUGUUUCUCCAGUCAGAGGAACUCACAGCUCACUGCCCAGCAGUCCCACAUUGCCUGCCUGUCAAGAUGAGGAUGAGGUGUUUGAGUUCCCCGCUGUCACACCAGCAGAUCCAGCUCUCGACACUAAGUCCAUCACCCUGAUGACGGGCUCAGCCCAGAGAAUCUCUGUGCGCCUGCAGAGAGCCACCACAAGCCAGGCUACGCAGACUGAACCACUGUGGCCUGAACAUGCCUGGGAGGUGGCAGACAGUGGUGCUCACACCUUCCCCAAAAUGAAAUACAGGACUUACAGGAAAAUGUCUAAAAACAAGGGUUUCGCCUGCUGGGAAAACCAGAGUGGCAGGCAGUACCAGGCGGCUUCUGCACCGCACUGCACUGGAAGCAGUGUAGACUCCCAGGAGAAGUCAGACGUCUCUGUAGAGCAUGUACAGAACAGGGUUACACACAGAACAAAGAACAGCUGACUUGGUUACAGUGGCGAGAACCACUCGUGGAGAUCCAGAAAGCCCCUAGUCGCUAAGACCAGGAGCUUCUUCUCUCAGGGGGAUAUUCUUGGCUUUCUGAGGUCCCCCUUCAAAAACAUGGAGUCAUCAUGUCCUCUCUAGACUUCAGCACGAUACAGACAGAGCGACAUGGAGCUGAAGUCAGGGAGAAGAGCUCUGUAACAUACAGUGUGUUAGCUCCGGGCAGAAAGACACAAAGAUGAAGGUUUUCCUUAUGGAUUGUUGACCAGUUACUUUACAACGUCAAGCCUUCAAAUGGAGCUCAGGAAGAAUGUGAACAGAAAUGAUCUGGUGUUGGAUUUUAAUAAAGAGAUGCAACAUCAAGGUCCUGAUGUCACAUGAUCAUAGCAAGGGGAAUUUUUUUGAUGUUUGUAUGUGUAGAUGGAAAUAAAAGGAAACAGAACCUGAAUGUAAAGGGAAACCAACAGAACAUCUAGUACAAUGACUCAUGAAAUAGCAUUUCUAUAGUGACAGCUGCAGAGCGGUCCACCUUAAUUUUAUCUUGCAGGGUUUUUUUCAGCAAAAAAAUGCUGCAGACAACCUCAAUCAUUCUGUUGUGAUCUCUCUCUCUCCCGUCAUUGAUCUUUUAUCAAUGAUGAUAAAAGCAUUUUUUACAAAUGCUGUACACCAUCAAGUGUGGAAGGUUUCAUAAAUAUGCAUUGUGAUUUGUGUUUUCCUAUUUUUCUGUGUCAAAACAA